AUGUCGUCCGAAGGUUCUUUGACGAAUUGCCGCUUCUAUGAGGAGAAGUACCCGGAGGUGGAGAGCUUCGUCAUGGUCAAUGUCAAGCAGAUCGCCGAGAUGGGCGCAUACGUGAAGCUGCUCGAGUACGACAACAUCGACGGCAUGAUCCUGCUUAGCGAGCUUUCCAGACGUCGCAUCCGUAGUAUCCAGAAGCUCAUUCGCGUCGGCCGCAACGAGGUCGUCGUUGUGCUGAGGGUGGACAAGGAAAAGGGCUACAUCGACCUCUCGAAGCGCCGUGUUUCGCCCGAGGAUAUCGUCAAGUGCGAGGAGCGCUACAACAAGAGCAAGAUGGUGCACUCGAUCAUGCGCCACGUCGCCGAGAAGACGCGGACGCCUCUCGAGGAGCUGUACCAGACCAUCGGCUGGCCGCUGAACAAGAAGUACGGCCACUCGCUCGACGCCUUCAAGCUUUCCAUCACCAACCCCGAUGUCUGGAAUGAGAUCCAGUUCCCCAACGAGCCGGUCAAGACGGAGCUCCUCUCGUACAUCGGCAAGCGUCUGACUCCUCAGCCGACCAAGGUGCGCGCCGAUAUCGAGGUUACAUGCUUCGGCUACGAGGGUAUCGACGCUGUCAAGGAUGCGCUGCGCAAGGCUGAGGCGCACAACACGGCCGAGAACUCAGUCAAGGUCAGGCUCGUGUCGCCUCCGCUGUACGUGUUGACCAGCCAGUGCCUGGAUAAGAGCACCGGUAUCACCAACCUGGAGCAGGCUAUUGAGGAAGUCACCAAGUGCAUCUCGAGCUACGAUGGUGGCAGCUGCAGGGUCAAGAUGGCGCCCAAGGCCGUCACGGAGAGCGACGACGCCGAGCUGCAGGCCCUUAUGGACCAGAGGGAGCGUGAGAACCAGCAGGUCAGCGGCGACGAGGAUGAGAGCGAGAGCGACGAGGGCGAGAUUCACAGCUAG